AAAGUCGACUUCCUGUACGUAGGUAAUGGUUGCCGUGUAGUCGAGCGGAACGGUGGAACUCCACUGAAAAAUGUGAUGUUUUCCGAGUUUAUCUUUCGAGUGGUGUGGAUUACCUGAAGACAGCGCGCCGACUACUACUAUCAGUCAUGAUCAAAGACAGGAUAUCGGCGCUGAAAGCGGCGCAGGCAGACGAAGAUGACAUGGAUGGAGACGUGGCCGUCACGAUGGAGACCCCUCCGACAUUCAUGGAGGACUUCUUUGCGGAGGUGGAAGAGAUUGGGCAAAACAUUGAAAAGAUUGAAAAGAUAGUGCUUGAAAUGAAAAAGAAGCACAGCGCAAUACUUUCAUCACCUCUCCAAGACGAAAAAAUGAAGCAGGACUUGGAAGAACUGAUGGCUGACGUUAAGAGGAUCGCGAAUAAAAUGAGAGUGAAGCUGAAACUGAUGCAACAAAAUAUUGAGCAAGAGGACCAGUUAGUUGGAAACAGGUCGGCCGAGCUCAGGAUACGAAAAACACAGCAUUCAACGCUUUCUCGCAAGUUUGUCGAAGUCAUGACAGAGUACAACAAGAUCCAGAAUGACUACCGUGAGCGGUGUAAGGAUCGCAUCAGGAGGCAACUGGAGAUCACGGGAAAAAUGACAACGGAUGAAGAAAUCGAGGAGAUGCUGGAGAGUGGGAAUCCAGCCAUAUUCACUCAGGGAAUUGUGAUGGAGACGCAGAAGGCCAGGCAGACGUUGGCGGAAAUCGAAGCCCGCCACAACGACAUCAUCAAGCUGGAGAAGAGCAUCCGGGAGCUUCACGACAUGUUCAUGGACAUGGCCAUGCUGGUGGAAAGCCAGGGAGAAAUGGUGGAUCGCAUUGAGUACCACGUGAAGAAUGCUGCAGCCUAUGUCGACACUGCCACGCAGGAGACGCGACGAGCUGUUCGUUAUCAGAGUAAAGCACGCAAGAAGAAAAUAAUAAUCCUAGUCCUGAUUGUGGUCAUCGUCGUCAUCCUGGCCAUAAUCAUAUUCGUCUCGGUGCGGAGAUGAAAGGAAAUGAAAGGACAACGACAUGACUUUCUCGUGCGCAACGAUCCUUGGCGGCAUCAGAAAUAUGCAGCGCAUUUUGCUUUUCUCGUUGUAACGGGCGGCAUUCUGCACUACCGACGGGAAUGAGACAAGCCUGCUGCACGUUUUGUUAGAAAUGUUCCAUUGAAUUUUUCAGUUGUUUUCUCGGUUUAUAUUCUCAGUCAACAACUUUUGUGUUUUAGAAUACACGUACUGCUUGUGCCAGCUGUUUUAACAGGCUCCAGUGAAAGCACAAGCGGUCUACCUAGAGCCCUCGGCUUAGAGGACAGAUACAGGGACCAUGUAUAACUAUGUACCGGUGCCCGAAAUGACCUUAGGCUGAUAUCUUCUAUCAGCUUGGGCUUGCAUACUGGAUACGUGACGUGCAUUUUUCAGUGUAGACAACUGAGAGUAUAGUAUUGUGAUGCUGUGUAUGGUGCCAUCAUCUUUUUUUCUUUCUUUUUUUUUUAAAUAGAAGAUUAGAGGUUGCAAUUGUAGCAUAAAAACAUUCGCAGCCUUGUCACUUGCGUGUAUCCCUUUCUGGUUAAUCUGAAUGACGCUACCUACAGCACCAGCAAUGCCUAAAAGGCUAGCCGGUACCAGGUCUCUUUUGACUUGGUCGCGUGCACUGCUGUCAAAUAGGCUCGCACAUUUCUCAACCGGCAUUGCUUCAGUGUUGCGCAUUUUGCUAAAGCAAAGGCGCCGGUCGUCUUUCUGUAUGCUGCGUGUGCCCUUUAUGCAUGCAUAGUUGACUACAGCAGAUAGAACACACUCUCUGGAUGAGUUAUUUCUCUUUUUUUUUUUAAAUUACAUGUGGCACAAUGCUUGUGUUGCGAAUGCAGUAAUUGUGCCGUUCUAUAAGACUCGUCUUGCUCCCCGAUUGCAGUACUGUAUACCCUUUCAUAAACACCAGCUAAUUUUAUUUGCAAUAACCACUUUAGUUCUAUCAUUUAGUUCUUAUUUCCUUUUUUUAUAUAUAUGUGUAUUCAGCAUCAUUUUUUUUUAUUGGUUGCUCUGGACCACAUGAACGGCUAGUUGUGUAUCUGAUUAUAUUUCUUAAGCAUAUUGUACAUGUUUGGUGUACGCUAUGCAUGAGGUGCGUGCAGUAGGAAGUGAAACAGAAAUUAAGUGGCACCGGUAGCUUUUCACUGUUGUACAUCUGUGAUCUGCUGGAAUUUGUGCAGAUUUUUUUUUGUCUUGUUAUUGAACGGUACUCAUUCAUAUUAGUGCUGAGUAACUCUCAGAAGUAAAGAAACAUUAUUCUCUUGGCACCUUCUUUGAGUGCAACCUUCAGCGCUAUUUGUAAACAUCGAAAUGAUUAACGUAGCGAACAUUUCCAUUGCACCAUUAAAAAGAAAGAUCUGUGGUUUCAGUAAAAGAUUUAAAAGGGUGCUUGAACUAGGUUCAUGUUGAACACACCUGAAACACCUCUUUCACAUGAAUUAGAUGAAUCACAUCAUCUGAUCGUAUGUUCAAGGCCCACUCAGUAGGCAGGAAGUAGGCAGGAAUGCAUUUCAUUUUCAUGUUAGUUAUUCAAGCUUUAAAUGAAUCUUUGGCUGCAUCGUGGCAUCUGAAAGAGAACUGAAAGAGGCAUUUGAAGAGGCUUUAGGCCAGCACACAUUGGGCAGUUCUAUGAGGAGAGGAAUUUUUGAAUGCUUUAAACAAUUUAAUUGCUUUAGAACUCUUUUCCUUUUUUCCGGAACUGACAAGCUGACAUUGGAUCGCUCAGAAAAAGAUGCCAUUGUUUGGCACUCAGAUCUGAAUGUUUUGUACGGGUUGUUUGAAAACAACGAAAGCUGAUAAAAGCAUGGAAUAGCGUUUGACAUAAGACAUUUGGAGGCAAGCUUGGCCAAAAGUCGGGCAUGCAAAGUGCUUCCAUGUAUAGGCUAUCUAGUGAAUGUUGAUUGUCACAGUGUGCACUGUUUGUACGUGAGCAGAACUGUGCGUACAAUGCACAUUCAGAAAGAAAGUUCCAGUCGGUGAUCAACUGGGCAGUGAGGAAAGCCUGAUAUCAGAGACCAGAGUGUCUUUGUCAGGGCAGUAGCUGCUUUCUUUGACAGAGUUUAUGUACCCUUAUUUAUCACAAGGGCAGGGAACCUGCGCAGCUGUGAAGUCUUAUAUUAUAUAUUUUUUUCAUUUAUUUACAAGAAAACUGCAGGCUUGAGAUAAGGGCGCUUGCAGGAGCAGAAAAAAAAUAUGCUACAGACAUUUAAAAUGAAACAGUUAUACAAGACCAAGCAUAAACAACAACUACAAAAACUUCAAGCUCAGAAAAUUGGAGAAUAGCAAUAAUUAGAACUUUUCAAAGGGUUACAUGAUCACUGUAAAAUAGAAAUAUGCGGGCAAGAAGACGACGUAGUAAAUACAAACACACAUUGUCAAAAGCAACGAGAAAAGGGUUUACGAAAUUUAACCAUGUUCAACCACUGUUGUUCCCGUUGUCUUAGGUUAGUGCACUGUAUCGGCACUUCCAACUUGACAGUAUGCUUAUGUUGUCUUAUAAAUUAGAAAGUUCUUUCAUUUGCUGUGUUUCUAUGGCAAUAACCGCCUUACAUCAUAAACCAAAGACAAUUUAGAUUGUAUGUUACUUUGUGUCUCUGAAAGAGCCACUUUUAGACUGACUGCUUGUUGACAGUAGUCAGCUGUACGUUUUUCUGCAACACAUGAAGUGAAACCUCGUUAAUACAUACUUGCUUUAAAUGUACUAAUGUUUAACACAUAUUCGCGGUGAGGCGUCAACCUAGUCUUCAUAGAGCCUGAUGUCUUUGCUGACCAGUUAGGCUGCUGUGGUUCAUUCUGCGCCUGUUGUUUAGUGCAAACUGUGUUCACUUUUUGUCACUAUUAUUUAACGGUGCCCCUCAAUUUAUGGUGUGGCUAAAGCCACAGUCAAAGGGGCCUCCCUACUUUUAUGUAAGUGUAGAGACUAGUCGAUGAGUGAUUCCAACUUCGGAAAUUGUGUGGCGUUUCUUUACGGAUAAAUGUCGGAAAACCGAGGUUGUACUAUAACGGCCACUUACAAAUGCACCAGUACACCUUAUUGCCAACAACCCUAUCACGAUGAGCAUUUUCAGCUGUCUGCUCGGCAGCAUACAUGUGGUGUAGUGUUGUUCUCCAAGAAAAAUAUACUCGUAAUAUAUGACACUAAAAUGUACACUGAACAAUCGAAAUGUCUCUCCCAUUAACAUUUUUUGCGUGUAUAAUUUUCUAAACGCGUUGACGAUGCGAGCAAUCAAAACUGAAAACAGCCACAAGCUGCCGUACUACUUGCGGAGCAACACGAAUGUGCGGAAGCCCCGCCUCCAUAGCCUUCGCUCCGCUGUCAAAAUAAGUUGUCGCCGAGUAUAGCUAGGGACGAUUGGCUCCAUGCAGCACCAAGUGCCGCAUUUCAAUGAAACGGCGCCAGUUAUCGCUUUGCCACAAUGUUAGCAGGUGCGCAUGUUCCCUGUCAAAGUUUCGAAAUGCUCCUCGACAUUUCCACUGCUCAUUUUUUCUCAGUUGUGUGAAAGGGGGGGAAUAUUUUCCGCCCUUUAGUAUAUUAAAAAAAAAAAAAUUCCCUGUAGAGCCUACUUUCAGCAUCGUUGAUUGUGGCAUUGCAUUUAUUUCUUCAUUGAUAAUGGCAGCACACAUCUAGAUGCUAAAUUGUACUUGGCAGUUACCACAUACUGCCGUUUAGUGCGUAGUCGUGUCAUGUUCCCAUCAGGUACGUAUUAACGAGGUUUCAAUGUGUCUAGAUCACACCUGCAUUUGUUUUCUCUGUUGUCAUUGCAGUAAUUAAAUGACAUGCAUAUUUGUUUACAACUGUAUCAAGUGAUGGCAUAUCAUUAUCUACACAUUGCUUUUCCUUUAUUUAUCAAUGUUGUACAGAGCUAGUGCGGUAGACGUUUACUGAAGCUACAAACGCACGCAUAGUUGUGAUUUCUAGUCCAUGGUUUAUUUCUUGCUUUCUUUAUUGUUGAAACUUGUGUUUAGUCAUUAUAACGUUCCUGUAUUUUGCAUGUUUGCAUGGAUACCCCGUGUACACACAUUUGCAUGUUAAAAUACUGGGUGUUUCACAAAAUGCAAUGGGAAAUACCUUUAAAAUAGGGAAGAUGAGAGAAUUAAGUUACUUUCUCUGUGUUGCCUUCGCCAUAUAGGCGUGCAUUUGUAAAUCAUUCAUUCUUCUCAUCUUUGCCAGUUUUAAGGAAUUCCGACUGUGUCUCGUGAAACAUUCGCUAUUUGUCGAUAACCACGAGUAGAUAUUGAUAUGAAUUUGCCCGAAUGUAUUUAUGAGUAUUGUUUGGGAAGAAAGGGGCACUUAUGUGAGUGAUGCUUUUUACGAUGUUUCUUUUAAACCUUUCUUUUUGAAGACGACGGUUAGUCGUUUGGCAAGUGGGGGGGGAAGGUUUCAUAUUUUUAUAUCUGUACCGGUCCGUGCCAGAAACAUUGGUUAUGUCCAUCCCGUCAGUAAAAUAGCACAUGUUGCUAAGAUGACAAGCGUCGUUUCCUCACAACGACAAAAACGUGUCAGAUUUCGUGGUUCAAAGUUUUCGUACGUAACAGCGAGUUUGCGGGUUGCACGACAGGAAAAGACUGGAAUGUCAGUUGCAGCUAGUCCAGUGCUGAAUAGUGUGUCUCUCUCUCCGUCUCUCUCUCUUCCAAAUUAACUUUAGCUUGUAAUGUUCCUUUUGUUAUCUUCCGCAGCAAUAAUAAUUCAGGGCAAUUAAGGAAAGUGACAGCAAUAUUUUUACACUGCUAUAAAUUAGUAGGUUGUUUUGAGCUUUGUAUGGCAGGACAUUAUCCUGACAAGGCUCUUUUAAAUGCUGCUUCUCUUUUGGAAACGCAGUGGUUAAGAAAAAUCGCUGCAUCUAGAAUAUUUCUGCUCAUGCACAAUAAUUUUUAUUUUGAUGUUCUGCAAGUGUGUAGAUGCAUCUAUAUAUCUUACGCGUGGCUUUCGUUUUCACGCAUGCAUACUAUGCCUCUAUUGUAUGAAACUUUUGUUUUUAUAGUGUCAGACAGAUCGAGCCUAUCGUGGUGGAGUUUGUGACCUCAUCAGUUCAGCGUGAGAUGAAAAGAAUCUAUUAAGCUGCCCCCCUCCCUUUCCCGUUUUUUUUUUCCUCGGUUUUAGCUGACUUCAGCCAUUUAUACUAUGGUUGUAUAUGUACAAGAAAGCUGACGAUUAGCUAUAACACAAAGUAUGAGUGUUUUAAUAACUUAUUGUCUACGAAGACCAGCUAAUGAGAGAAUGACUUGUGUUUUUGAGUCUGCAUCAUGUCUAUUAGAUACGGCAGCACGUGUGUUUGUCUAAACACGAUGUAUUGAGCACUGACACGCUCGCUUGGAGAAGAGAAAGCCCAAGAGCUCAGGGUUCACUUUUUAGGUUAUCUUGACAUGAUAUAAGCACCUUUAUCAGAAGUGCUUUAUCAUUUUCCAUUGUUUACCCUUUUCUUUACUAUAAACUAGUCCUGUUGCUCGGUGACCACUGAUGUCUAGAUGAUGUUUUAGUGGAUUAUAAAAGCUUUUCUCAUGUGCCACUGGCAAGGUACAUUUGUGUGUUCCCUUUUCAAGAUUUGCUUGAUUGUAAACUAGUCUUCUAUUUGAUAGAAUUUUUACUACCUUGCUUUCCAUAACAUAAUGUCAGCCAUGAUGACAGCGGUAUUUCAAGCACAGUACAGAUAGGGUUAGUGUGUGUAAUUUCUCUCUGAAUUUCUUUACAGCUAUGUCAGCUGUAAAGAAUUUUUACUUUGAUGUUCUGCAAGUGUGUAGAUGCAUCUAUAUAUCUUACGCGUGGCUUUCGUUUUCACGCAUGCAUACUAUGCCUCUAUUGUAUGGAACUUUUGUUUUUAUAGUGUCAGACAGAUCGAGCCUUUCGUGAUGGAGUUUGUGACAUCAUCAGUUCAGCGUCAGAUGAAAAGAAUCUAUUAAGCUUGUGCACAUGAAGAAAUGCACAUUGUUUUUUUCUGCGUCAACACAGCAUGAAGGCACAGACACUGUCGCAUCAUUUCCUUUAUUUUAGCAUCAUGUGCCAAAUAUUCACAGUGGCCUCGAAGUCUUUCGGUUAUUCCUUGUUUUGUGGCAUCUUGUUGCAACAAAACCUUUGUAAAGGUAUCAACCUAACGCAUAAGGCAAGAUUAUUGGUAUCGGAAUUUGAUUGGCUCUGUACAUACACUGUAUGCUAGUUAAUAACUUAUUCGCAGUAACUGAAUUGCCUAUGUGCGCGUAAGAUAUUCUUUUUUGUGAAGUACAGGAGAGAGCUCUUGCUGACUGCCGAACUCUCCUGUUGCAAAGACUAUUCUGCGUUCUCACCUGCUUAUUAUUCGAACCAUGAGUAUUUGGCCAUAUUACAGUAGUGUCCCGUAGUAGUGAUGCGUGACAUAUCAAAUGUUGCAUGAAAAACAUUGUUGCUUGAAAAAUAAAUGUUGCAUGAAAAAGGAAGGCAAGUAUAUAAAUGACUCUUUCAUAAAAGGUGCUCAUUCAGUUGUGCCCAAAAUUGACACAUGCAAGGCACUUAGCGGUGUAUUUUCUUUAACUUCAUUUUUGUUACGCACAGUACUUGCUGUUCUUAUACAGGACGAAUAUUAUACGGUGUAAAAAAAGCAGAGUGCAUUACUGGUGACAGUGACAACCAAGAACGCAAACAAGAAAGUGAAAAAUCAGAAUACUACCGCCCGUUUUCAGCUAUGGUAGUACCUUGCGUGAGUGGCUGAGAAGGAGGUCAUGUGGAGAUCGUGUCAGCUCGUCUGUUUUGGCUCAGGCAGUUUUACCUGAGGAGCAGCAGAACUUUCUGCGGCAGUUUUUUACGCAACGAAGUUGUAGAUUGGCACAUGUAAAAUGUUCGAAAGACUCCUGGGUGAGUAAUCGAUUGAUGUGACUCCACCACAUGUUCCUCGGCAGUAAUCAAGCCUUACAACUAUCGUGCCUGUCUUUGGCUGCAUUGAUGUGACUCGAGAAGUGGAAUAGUCAGGAUCAGUAGGGUACAAAACUUUUUAAGAAAAGGAAUGUGUGAAUGAAUAAAUAAAAGCUCAUAUAGAGUUCACAAAUAGCUGCGCCAAGCUUAAUAAUUCGGUUCCUGUGCCGGCAGUAUUAUUACAUCCACUUUCUUUUUUGCACGUAAGAGUUUACGACAUUACCGAAAUUUUCUUUUUUUGCGUGAACAUGAACCACCGCAUGCUGGGGGCAGCUGUCAUGUCUUGCAAUAAUUUCAACCACUCUGCAGGCUUUUAGUGAUGAGAAGUCGUAAAGCAGGAAAUCUCUCUGGAGCUGACGUUUUGACAAGAUCUGUAUACUUUUACAAGCAAACUAAAGGAAAACUGAGUGAUUGCAACACACAGAAAGCACAAAAGUAUUGUGAUCGCAGGUGCCUAAGUGAUUUUAUGUGGUUGUUCUUGCCUGCUCUUUGAAAAACAAACCACUCUGUUUACUUAGCGUUUAAUUAGCAUAUUUUCAACUUGCUGUUCUGAUUUAAUUGCCCUGUUUGCAUUUCUGGUAGUGCAAGUUAUUGACAUAGUGUAAUAGCAUUGUGUUCUUUUCGAAUUGUUCAUGUUAGUAAGGCACAUUAGGGGGUAAAUAUACUUGUAUGUCAGGGUCAUAUUGCAUAACUAGUCGCAUCAUUUACUAGAGGGUAAGAAUUUCUUAUUACUAUGCCAUAAGCUAUAGUGGCUAUGAGAGAAUACUUGUGCCUCGAGGCUAAUCAUAAGUUUUUGUUCAUGCACUGUAGAUUUUGUGUCUUGAAAUAAAUCUUGAUGUUCCAUCAUUUACAAGUU